UGAAGGUAGAAGGUGUGUGUGAGCUGAUGUGAAUCCAGCAGCAUGGAUCAGUGUGAGGACAGAGAGGAGGGAGUCCUUCCCUCCAAAACCUCCCCGAGGGGAAAACCUGGGAGAGAAGAAGAGAGAGUGGACCAGCAGAUCUCAGAGUCCCCUAGUGGUCCGUCUGUCCAGCAGCAUCAGACCCAGCUGGACUCCAUCUUUCAGCUGCUGGAGGACGACAUCGUCAUGUUUGUGAAGGACGAGCUGAAGAAGAUCCAGAAGGUUCUGAGUCCAGAUUACCCAGAAUCCCUAGAGCAUGUGUUGCUUGGUGAGGGUGAAGAGCAGAGGAGGAGCAGAGAUGCGUUUGUGAAGAUCACAGUGAACUUCCUGAGGAGAAUGAAGCAGGAGGAGCUGGCUGAGCGUCUGCAGAGAAGUUCAGUUUGUAAAAAACGGCUGAAGUCUAAACUGAAGAAGAAGUGCCAGUGUGUUUCUGAGGGGAUUGUUAAAGCAGGAGAGACAAUCCUUCUGGAACAGAUCUACAUGGAGCUCUACAUCACAGAGGGAGGGACCGGAGAGGUCAAUGAAGAACAUGAAGUCAGACAGAUUGAAGCAGCUUCCAGGAAACCAGACGGAGCAGAAACAGCCAUCAGACAGGAAGACAUCUUUAAACCCCCACCUGGAAGAGGAGGACCAAUCAGAACGGUGAUGACGAAGGGAGUGGCCGGCAUCGGGAAAACAGUCCUAACACAGAAGUUCAGUCUGGACUGGGCUGAAGGCAGAACCAACCAGGACAUCCAGUUCCUGCUUCCAUUCACCUUCAGAGAGCUGAAUGUGCUGAAAGACAGAAAGUUCAGCUUGGUGGAACUAGUUCAUCACUUCUUCACUGAAACCAAAGGAAUCUGCAGCUUUGAAAAGUUCCAGGUCGUGUUCAUCUUUGACGGUCUGGAUGAGAGUCGACUUCCUCUGGACUUCCACAACAAUAAGGACCUGACUGAUGUUACAGAGUCCACCUCAGUGGAUGUGCUGCUGACAAACCUCCUCAAGGGGAACCUGCUUCCUUCUGCUCGUCUCUGGAUCACCACACGACCCGCAGCAGCCAAUCAGAUCCCUCCUUACUGUGUCUCCAUGGUGACAGAAGUCAGAGGGUUCACUAACCCACAGAAAGAGGAAUACUUCAGGAAGAGGUUCAGAGGAGAGGAGCAGGCCAGCAGGAUCAUCUCCCACAUCAAGACAUCACGGAGCCUCCACAUCAUGUGCCACAUCCCAGUCUUCUGCUGGAUCACUGCUACGGUCCUGGAGAACGUCCUGGAAACCAGUGAGGGAGGGGAGCUGCCCAAGACCCUGACUGAGAUUUACAUCUGCUUCCUGGUGAUCCAGGUCAAACUGAAGAAGGUCCAGUAUGACGGAGGAGCUGAGACGGAUCCACACUGGAGUCCAGAGAGCAGGAAGAUGGUGGAGUCUCUGGGAAAACUGGCUUUUGAGCAGCUGCAGAAAGGAAACCUGAUCUUCUAUGAACCAGACCUGGGAGAGUGUGGCAUCGAUGUCAGAGACGCUUCAGUGUACUCAGGAGUGUUCACACAGAUCUCUAGAGAGGAGAGCAGCCUGUACCAGGACCGGGUCUUCUGCUUCAUCCAUCUGAGUGUCCAGGAGUUUCUAGCUGCUCUUCAUGUCCAUCAGACCUUCAUCAGCUCUGGAGUCAACCUGCUGGAGGAAGAGAAGAACACAGAGACUGACCUCUAUCAGAGUGCUGUGGACAAGGCCUUACAGAGUCCCAACGGACACCUGGACUUGUUCCUGCGCUUCCUCCUGGGUCUCAAACUGGAGACCAAUCAGAACCUCCUACGAGGUCUGCUGGACCCAGAACAAAGAAGUUUUCAGAACUUUGUACAACUACUGUUUCAACCAGAACAAAGAAGUUCACAGAACACUCAGGAAACAGUUAAAUACAUCAAGAAGAAGAUCAGUGAGGACCUGUCUGCAGAGAGAAGCAUCAACCUGUUCCACUGUCUGAAUGAACUGAACGAUCGGUCUCUGGUGGAGGAGGUCCAAGAGUCCCUGAGGUCUGGAAGUCUCUCCACAGAUAAACUGUCUCCUGCUCAGUGGUCGGCUCUGGUCUUCAUCUUAGUGUCAUCAGGAGAUCUGGAGGUGUUUGACCUGAAUAAGUUCUCAGCUUCAGAGGAGGCUCUACGGAGGCUGCUGCCGGUGGUCAAAGCCUCCAAGAAAGUUCUACUGAGUGGCUGUAACCUCUCAGGGAACAUCUGUCCACUUCUGUCCUCAGUUCUCAGCUCUCAGUCCUCCAGUCUGACAGAACUGGACCUGAGCAACAACGACCUGCAGGAUUCUGGACUGAAGCAGCUGUGUCCUGGACUGGAGAGUCCACAUUGUAAACUGGAGUCUCUCAGGCUGUCAGGCUGUCUGAUAUCAGAGGAAGGAAGUUCUUCUCUGGUCUCAGCUUUGACCUCCAACCCCUCCCACCUGAGAGAGCUGGACCUGAGCUACAACCAUCCAGGGGAGUCAGCAGGGAAGCUUCUGUCUGGACUGAAGGAUCCCCGCUGGAGGCUGGACACUCUCAGGGUGGAGCCUGCUGGACAACGAUUUCUGACACCAGGUCUGAGGAAGUAUUCCUGUCAACUCACCAUCGACACAAACACAGUCAACAUAUACAUCAAACUGUCUGAUGACAACAGGAAGAUGAUGUAUGUGGAGGAGGAUCAGUCAUAUCCUGAUCAUCCAGACAGGUUUGAUUACUGGGAGCAGCUGCUGUGUAGAGAAGUUCUGACGGGUCGCUGUUACUGGGAGGUCCAGUGGAGCGAUGGUGUUUCUGUAUCAGUGAGUUACAGAAGAAUCAACAGGAGAGGAACAUCUGAUGACUGUAGGUUUGGAGGAAACGAUCAUUCCUGGAGUCUGGACUGUUCUCCAGGUGGUCGGUACCGUGUCCAUCACAAUAACAGAGAAACAUCUGUCACCUCAUCCCCAUCUCCAUCCUCUAACAGAUUAGCAGUGUACGUGGACGUUCCUGCUGGAACUCUGUCCUUCUAUGAAGUCUCUGUCUCUGACAGACUGAUCCACCUCCACACCAUCAACACCACCUUCUCUGAACCUCUCUGUGCUGGAUUUAGACUCUGGUCCUGGUCCUGGUCUGAGUCCUCAGUGUCUCUGUGUCCAGUUUAGUCUCCAGAGUCUCCUGUCAGAGAAACUGUCUCUGUUGGAUCCUGGACUUGGACUCUGGUUCUGGUUCCUCAGUGUCAUGAUGAUGAUGAUGAUGAUGAUGAUGAUGGUGAUGGUGAUGAUGAUGAUGAUGAUGAUGAUGAUGAUGAUGAUGAUGAUGAUGAUGGUGAUGAUGAUGAUGAUGAUGAUGAUGAUGAUGAUGAUGAUGAUGAUGAAGAAGAACAAGAUAAUCACCAUUUAUCUUACAUUUUUUUAUUGCAUUUUUAUUUGAUCUUUUUCACAUUUAAACACUAAAUAAUUUACUGGAUUGUUGAUGUUUGAUCAUAUAUUAGAUUUUUAUCUCAUUAUUCUUGUUUUAUUCUUGAUUCUGUUUCUAAGUGUUUUCAUGUUUGACUUCAUGUUUAGAUUCUUAAAGUCUUGUUUCUUCCUUGAAAGAAAGUGUAGCGACCAUUUGCCUAUGAAAAAAGCCACUACCUGGCUGUGAUCAGAGUUCAGUUAUGACAUGUGCAAAUACGAGCCUUUUCCUUUUUUUUUUUUUUUUACCUUGUCUGCACAUAUUAAUGGUUGAUACCACGGUGGUAAAAACCUAAGGCAUAUAUAUGUGCCUGCUUCCUGCUUCCUGCAACUAAAACGUGCAUAAAAUAGAAAGGAAGUGGUACUCUUGUAAGUCUGUAGACUCUUAUCGUGAAUGGAAAGAUAUUCUAAUAGUAUAUAAAAAAGCCAUUCGCAAAGCCAGGACAGCUUAUUAUUCAUCAUCGAUAGAGGAUAACAAAAGUAACCCACGUUUUCUGUUCAGCACUGUAGCCAGGCUGACACAGAGUCACAACUCUGUGGAGCCGUGCAUUCCUGCAGCUCUCAGUAGUGAAGACUUUAUGAGCUUCUUCAACAGUAAAAUCACGAGAAUUGGAGAAGAAAUCAACCAGCCGGUUGUGGGUGUUUCUUCAGCUUUAGCGACUUCCCUAGGUUCUGACUUGUCUCUAGACUGUUUUGAUCCUAUAGACCUCCCUGAGCUGACCUCACUCGUCAAUAGAGCUAAGUCAACCACAUGUAUGUUAGACCUCACCCCGACUCGACUAUUCAAAAAUAUUUUUUCUCAUAUUGGUACGACAAUACUGGACCAAAUUAACCUAUCCCUAAGUUUAGGAUAUGUACCACAGGUUUUCAAAGUGGCAGUAAUUAAACCUUUACUUAAAAAACCUUCCCUUGACCCAGACACCUUAGCUAAUUAUAGACCAAU